CCAGGAGCAAUACUGUUUAAGCUUUAAGGCAACUGCUAGCCGUUUACAACUGUGCAGUAACAAAAGCCGUGAACUUAUCUCUCUAGGCUCACUCUUCAUGCACCAUUGCCAUGGGACUCAUUCUAGGAUACUCAUUGAAGGGUCAUAUCUAUCGUUUGGUAUCACCUUACUAUCUACUGGAGAGAAACCUACUAUAUUUAUAGUGGUAAACAUAAACGGCAGUCUCUUUCCCUAUCAUGCCAGGUGAUGGGUAACCUUACAGUCUCUAUGCUCAACCCUCAACUUUUUAGACCAGGAAGUGCAGAGCUAAAGCGGGCCAAGAAACGCGAGGCACAGCGGAAAUAUCGACAUCAUCUUCGACAACAUAAGAAAGAGAAGGGUUCGAACAACUCUCGGCAGUUGGAAAAGACAAGGGACGAUGGGACUAGGAGUACAAGUAAUGAUGUCAACGAAAGUCCUAAAACGAUCGUGCCACAAGACCUAGACAUUAACGAUAAGAACGAGCCCAUUCCUCGCUCGCCCGCUCUAAAAGCCGAAAACGCACGGCAGCCACGUCAGCAGCACCCACCCCUCUCAGACGAUAACGAACAACGCGAUCAGCAAGCAAUCUCGACCUCAACUGCGGCACAGUUCGUGACUCCACAGCCCACCCAUCCUUUACCAGCAUCAUUUGAAGAUAUGUUCUCUAUGACUAGUUUGGCCAUCAUAGAAGGGGGGGUAGCAGAGCCAAUAGACGAUCAGCAACUUCCGGUAUAUCACACAGCUCUACUUGAUCUACCUAGUACUUUAGAUAAUCGUUGCGAUCUGUUUCCAACUCACCAUGCAAUGGACAGCACUACUCCGCGGAUAACACCGAAUACUCUAUGGGGGAAUUUUGAAGAUACCACUGAGCCGACUGAAUUAGGACAUAUAUUUCAAGACUCGAGUCAAAAAAUUAGACAGAUGUCUAUCCUACACGAUCCCAUGAUUGAUGAGAACGGUAGCAAGACCCAGGGUACUCAGAGACAAGCGACUUCUUCGCUUGCGUAUAGUCCAUUUACAACAGCAACAAACAAUCUACCCAGUCCAGCCCCAAGUCAAAAUGGAGAAGGACACCAGAAGAGGCCAUCGCAAGCUACAUCCACCGCAUCAGACUUCUCACCGUCAGCUCACAUGCCUGCCAUAAAACCCAUCGCCGUCAACACGGCGCCAGAGCUGCAAGGCUGUACACCCCUCUUUCAGGCCGUUCUGCUUUGCAAUCUGAAGAUUGUAGCGAUUCUGGUGGCUAGGGGAUGUAACAUCAACACUCUCAACGGGAUAGGACAGACCGUAUUGCAUGUGGCGGCACAGAACGGCCAUGUUGAAAUGGUUGAAUACUUAAUAACCUGUGGGAUAGACUUGGACCAUCAGGACAAUGGAGGAAACACCGCACUCCAUUUUGCAGUUAUAAAUGGGUAUGAAGGCAUCGUGGAGUUACUUGUCAGUGCGGGCGCGAAGAUGGAUAUCAUGAAUAAUUAGCUAGGAAUUGUAAUAACACUGUUAUUGACUUACCACGAACAUCUAUCGUGGCUAACUAUGACCUAAAUCGCUAAUAUCAGGCUACAAUUUGCGGUCCCAUCCCGGGUGAUUGUUCAACCCUUGGGUAGGUCAUUCUGGAGAUAGGGGAAGGUAUAAAGGUAUACCGGGUACCGCGGAUCUUUUGGCGGGCUAGCUGAUCAUCCAUGUGCUGCAGAGUCAUAUGCACAUGCCGCUCGAGCGAGCGUGCAGGGUCGCCAGUAUUUGGCUUCUGAACCCCAUGGUAACCACCAUAAGUACGCGCGGCAGCUCCGAAGGGCUCUUAAGCGUACCGGUAACGGCGCUGCUAUGGGCCUAGGCUAGGUAACUCGGUCCAUGUUCUUAUAGCCCAGGUAUUUCUCCUAUUUCGGGUAUCCAACAGCGCAGCGAAGACCUGGUGCCUAAAAUCUUGUUAACAAAUUCAAGCAGAUUGCCCGACCCUAACCACAUCUGUGUCAUCUGUACAGCGACAAUUGUUACACGUGUAACCUCUGUACCGGUUGAAGCAUGCAGUUCGCCUUGCACUUCGGCCGUACGAAGGACCAUUGCAGGCUGUUCAUGACCUU